CUUUCACCCCCUUCCAGUCCGGACACUUUACCCCCCUUCCAGUCCGGACACUUUCCCCCCCUUCCAGUCCGGACACUUUCACCCCUCUUCCAGUCCGGACACUUUCACCCCCUUCCAGUCCGGACACUUUCACCCCCUUCCAGUCCCGACACUUUCCCCCUUCCAGUCCGGACACUUUCACCCCCUUCCAUCCGGACACUUUCACCCCCUUCCAGUCCGGACACUUUCACCCCUUUCCAGUCCGGACACUUUCACCCCCUUCCAGUCCGGACACUUUCCCCCCCUUCCUGUCCAGGCCAAUUUUCAGCUUUCAGCGCUAUCACACUU